UUUUUUUCUUUUGUGGAAGAAACUUUUGAAAAAUCGAAAAGCUGGAUUUAUUUAAAGAGGGGGGCGUCCACACACAGAACAGACACACUCACUCACUCAUCAGUCACUCUCUCACACAAAUCUUCUCUGCAUUUUCCUUUCCCCAAAACAAACAGAGCCCUCCUCCAUCAAUGGCGGCCGCUUUGAGGAGCUUCCUAGGGAGACGAUCGGCUCACCAGUACCAGCCGCAGCUGCUCCGGAGCGUGGAGAAGAUGUCGACGGAGGCGGCCGCCGGUUCCCCCUCCUCUUCCUUCGCGCAGAGGCUCAGAGAUCUGCCCAAACAUCUCCCCGGCACUCAAAUCAAACCCGACGCUUCCAAGCUUAUUGGGAAAACUCCACUUGUGUUCCUCAACCAAGUGACUGAAGGUUGUGGAGCUUACAUUGCUGCCAAGCAAGAAAUGUUUCAGCCAACAUCUAGCGUUAAGGACAGACCAGCAUUCUCAAUGUUUGCAGAUGCAGAAGCUAAGAACUUGAUUUUUCCAGGAAAGACUACCCUAAUAGAGCCAACUUCUGGAAACAUGGGCAUCAGCAUGGCGUUCAUGGCAGCAAUGAAAGGGUACAAGAUGGUUCUGACCAUGCCGUCUUACACAAGCAUGGAGAGAAGGGUAUGUAUGAGAGCAUUUGGAGCGGAGCUCAUUCUUACUGAUCCAACUAAAGGGAUGGGGGGAACAGUGAAGAAAGCGUAUGAUCUUUUGGAGUCUACUCCAGAUGCAUUCAUGCUUCAACAAUUCUCCAAUCCUGCCAACACUAAGAUCCAUUUUGAGACCACGGGUCCUGAAAUUUGGGAAGACACACUGGGACAAGUGGACAUCUUUGUGAUGGGAAUUGGCAGCGGAGGGACUGUCUCUGGUGUUGGGCAAUAUCUGAAAUCACAGAACCCUAAUGUCAAGAUAUAUGGAGUUGAGCCUGCAGAAAGCAAUAUCCUGAAUGGUGGCAAACCAGGUCCUCACCAGAUUACGGGCAAUGGAGUAGGGUUCAAACCUGAUAUAUUGGACAUGGACGUGAUGGACAAGGUUCUUGAGGUUAGCAGCGAAGAUGCAGUGAACAUGGCUAGGAGACUGGCCGUGGAGGAGGGACUCAUGGUUGGCAUAUCAUCUGGAGCUAAUACAGUGGCUGCACUUAAACUGGCACAGCUGCCAGAGAACAAAGGGAAGCUUAUUGUGACGAUCCAUGCAAGCUUCGGGGAGAGGUACUUGUCGUCGGUGCUGUUCCAGGAGCUGAGGAAAGAAGCUGAGAACAUGCAGCCAGUCUCUGUUGACUGAACAAUCUUCAAAACUUCUUCCAAAUUGUUCAUGUUCCAUAAAGCCUCUCUGUCUGUCUGUUGGUUGUGUUUUACAGCUUUAGUUGGUGUGUUUGCAGCUCCUAAUUGCCAUCUCCCUGCGUUUGUAAUACAAUACCCUCAUCAGAUACAAACUUAAUAAGAUCCCUCGACCCAUCUUUAUCCUUCAAUUUUUUUUUUUUUUUUUUUUUGCCAAUAAGUCCAUAAGAUAAAAAUUAGAAAACAAAAUUGCGUCUGCCGGGAGUCGAACCCGGGUCUAUU